UGCCAGCUCUGGGCAUCUCUGAGGCAGCAGCAGUGGUGGCAGCAGCAGCAGCAUGUUUCAAGCACUGGGGGUGGUGGUGCUCACCUGCUGCCUCCUCUUCUUUUUGGUGGCCCUGCAAGCCCAAGAUGCCCAGUCUGCUCCAGUGCAAUGGCAGGAAUCAGAUGUGGCCAAAGGAAGGGGUCUUCCAGCUCCUGAGCCAGAUUCCAUGUUGAUUCCAAGCUGGUAUGUCAAGGUGAAGGAUUCCCAGAAGAUACCUGUCAUUCCAAAGGAGCUUCUAAGUGCCUUGGAGAAAGCUGCAUCUGAGAUGAAGCCUGAGAGUGUGCAAGAGACCUUCCAGAUGGGAGAAAGUGACAGAGUGCCAGUCUCAGGUGAAGAUGGAAAGACAAGACAGGGAACCAGGACAUCUGCUCUGCUUCAGAGACGUCCUUUAAGGUCAGCUACUCUGGAAAAAGCUGAGACUGCUGGUUAUCAGGAGCCAGGCAAGAACUACAUCCUAGGAACUGCAGCAGCCUCGGGUGUGCUCCUGCUUGGGAUAGUGGUCUGCUGUAUAGUCAUGUCACGGCUAAGGAGGAAAGACACAAGGACCCAGGGAGAAGGACAAGCCCAUACUGACUCCUUCUGGGAACAGUCUCUUUCCUUACCUCAGUCUCUUUUUUCAUCUCCAUCUAGAGAAAAAGAUGAAGCAGAGUCCGAAGAAGUAGGAAGAG